GAAAACCUGCUGGCUGCCUCAUCUCCAUUUCCCAACUCGUGACAUUCUCCUCUCUGAUUCCUUCGUCGCCUCCUCUCUAAUUCCUCGCCUCCUUCGAGGCUUCAACUCUUCGAGCUUUCUUCAAUUAAUCGGUCAAUUAAUUUGGAGGUUCUUACUACUAAAGAUGGGACCUUUAACGCUUGCAAUAAAUGGCAAGAACUCUUCAAUGGAACAAUCAGACAUGUCAGUGCAAAAAGUGCAGCAUCAACUGAUGCCAAGGAGAGCAUCCUUUGCGUCAGUUAGCGUGGAAGAAGAAAAGCCCUUUGAUUUUCUCCGUACACUAUUAGAUGGUAUCAUUUCCGGAGGUACGGCUGGUGUCGUUGUGGAGACUGCUUUAUAUCCAAUUGAUACAAUAAAAACUCGAUUGCAGGCAGCACGUGGUGGAGGGCAAAUUGUCUUGAAAGGGCUUUACUCUGGAUUGGCUGGAAAUCUUGCUGGAGUCCUUCCAGCUUCCGCAGCAUUUUUGGGAGUUUAUGAACCAACAAAGCAAAAGUUAUUGAGGCUUCUUCCUGAGAACCUAAGUGCAGUUGCACAUUUGACCGCAGGUGCUGUUGGUGGAGUCGCUGCUUCUUUUAUUCGUGUUCCUACAGAAGUUGUCAAACAGAGAAUGCAAACUGGGCAAUUUGCCUCAGCUCCUGAUGCUGUGCGAUUAAUUGUUGCAAAGGAGGGAUUCAAAGGUCUUUAUGCGGGAUAUCGAUCAUUUCUACUACGAGAUUUGCCCUUUGAUGCUAUACAGUUCUGCCUCUAUGAGCAACUUCGGAUCGGUUACAAACUAGCAGCCAAAAGAGAACUAAAUGAUCCUGAGAACGCAGUCAUAGGUGCUUUUGCAGGUGCAUUAACUGGUGCUAUUACAACCCCUCUCGAUGUCAUUAAGACAAGGCUAAUGAUCCAGGGAUCUGCAAACCAGUAUAAAGGGAUUGUCAAUUGUGUCAAGACUAUUGUUAGGGAAGAGGGACCCCCUGCCCUAUUAAAGGGUAUUGGACCAAGAGUUUUGUGGAUUGGUAUUGGUGGUUCUAUAUUCUUUGGUGUUCUUGAGAGCACUAAGCGCUUUCUUUCUGAGUCUCGAUUAAAGCCUUCUCAUUCUCCAGAUAACAAACAGGAUUAAUCUCUUCUAUUCUACUUUUGGAUUAUCAACGGUAUCCAUUUUUGGAGUUAAGCUUUUCACUUUUUUUAAAAAUUUUUUGCUAGUUAGUUAAAAAUAAUGCCAUUUUUUAAUUAUUACGCUUGUAUAUGUAUGAUGUACACUAAGAUCUCGUUUGGUUGACACAAUUGAAAUUUGUAUUUUCUUUUUUUAAUUUACUAGAAUUAUUUUUUUUAUUUGGUUUAAACAUGAAUUUAUAAUUGAUACGUGGAUUUAGAGUUAUCGACACUUUCAUUUGUAAUUAAAUUGCUUCAUUUUGU